AUGUUGCCCAGAGCCAGAUUGAAUGUCUUCGCUCAAUUCAUUCGGCCGCGGUCAUCUGUGCUAUUCUCGCGGCUUCAUCUGGGAGCAUUACAUGCUGGUGGCGCCCUGCUGCUCAGUCUGUGGGGAUUUACAUAUGCCUUGACACCACCGAAGGUGUAUUUGGAUGGCCGCAAAACAUCAGAUCAAUUGGGGGCACCUGAACAGUAUGAACAGUAUGAACCGUUGCCUUUCCAGCGGCAGAAACCACUCGACCGCUUCAGGGAACGCAGCCGCAUCGAUGUCGAUGAAGAACUUCGCAGGCACGAGCAAACACACUUACCCGAACGCGGGAGUGGGAUUGCGCGAUAUGAUAUCGCGCAGCUCGCGAGCAACGAUCCCAUAGAGGAUGACCACGCCGAAGCCAUCCUGCCAGUGCCCUCGGGUCACUGGUCCUUCUUCGCUAUUCUUGACGGGCACAACGGCUGGGAAACGAGUGCAUGGCUUCGCGAUAACCUGAUCCCGGCAGUGGCAGGCGCUCUCGCGGACCUCUUCAACAACUUCUCGUCUUCGCUCACGCCUGGAACGGAGCCGGACCCCCCACCGGAUGACAUCGAGGAUACCAUUCAGGCAACGUUCAAGCGCCUCGAUGACGACAUAGUGUACAAUGCCGUCGAGCGCGUCUUCGAGACAAACUCUCGGCAUGCAGGUGUUACCCUACUCGCGCCGGCGUAUGCAGGCUCGUGUGCGCUGCUUGCCUUCUAUGAUGACCACACGCGCGUGCUCCGCAUCGCGGUCACGGGCGACUCGCGCGCCGUCCUCGGCCGUCCUGCCUUUGACGAGCGCGGUCAAGCCAUAUAUGAAGUCUGCGUGCUCUCUGUCGAGCAGGAUGCACAUAACGUCGCCGAAGAGUACCGGUUGAACGCACAGCACCCAGGUGAGGCUGUUGUCGCGAAUGGACGCGUCCUCGGCAUGGGCCCCUCUCGCGCAUUCGGAGAUGCGCGCCAUAAGUGGAGCCGGCGCGUGCAAGAGCGUCUUAAGGAGGCAUUUCUCGGCCGCACCCCUCCCCGGGACGUGCGCACACCGCCGUACUUAACGGCCGUGCCUGAGGUGACCUCAAUACGCGCACAACCGGGAGAUUUCCUGAUUUUGGCGACCGACGGUCUGUGGGAGAGUCUGACCAGCGCCGAGGCGGUGGGCCUCGUCGGGCUCUGGCAAGACGGUCAUACCAAGGAGGGAGAAGCUCCUCGUGAGAUGGCUCCCGUACCGCCGAGCGAGCUGCCUGUAGAGGUGCACCCGGAGGAUGAGGAGGAGACGGUGCGCUACCGGCAGUGGUGCGCAGAGAAGCGGUUUGUAAACUGCGACCAAAACCCCGCCACGCAUCUGGUGCGGAACGCACUUGGGGGCGCUGAUUCCGAUCUCGCCGCGGCGCUGAUGAGCAUGCGGUCGCCCCGGGCGCGCGUAUAUAGGGACGACAUUUCUGCUGUGGUCGUGUUCUUUGAAUGA